AUGACGAUGAGGCUUCACAAAGCACACAGGCCAGAGAUGAGAGUCCCACAUCGACAUACCAAACAGAAGUAUGGUUUGGGAAUUAUCACCUUGUUUCCCUCACUCAGAGAUCCCCAAGGGAGGACUGGAUAUAUUCUUCAGGACUUCACUCUCCUCUUUGGGUCAGAAACUGCUUCCAGACUUUUGGAAAGGUGGCCAACUGCUUUCAAAGCAAAGGUUAUCAGACUAGCAGAAUCCUUGACUCCUACUCCACUGCUGAAAAGAUUACUGUCAUCUGCCAAACAGAACAGACAAGGCAGCGAGGCACAAGAUUCCCCAGAUUGGGACAGUGACACAUCUUCAUUCCUUCUGCUUCUGCAUCUCUUAUCACCCCAGGCUUCAGGAAGAAAGAAAAUCCAUAAGAUCAGUGUUUGUCAGGCUGUUGACCAUCUGGUGGUAUUUCACAAAACAUGCCGGAGUAUACAGGAACACCUUGAGACAGAAGAGAAUCGUCAACCAUACAUUCUUGCCUCAGGAUGCAGCAAGGAAGCCAUCAGUCAGUUCUUCAUCGUGGUUGAUAAAAAGAUCAUCCCCUGUCAAGCAUCCUCUUCACUAGCAGCAAUUGAUGAACUCUUCAAGGUCCAUUUUGUCUUCAGCAUCAGCUAUGAUCUUUCACUCAAAAAUCUAUACACUUUUGUCCAAACUACUGUCUACGGAAUUGAUGUUGGCACCACAAGUGAGAGCCCAAGGGUAAAGGAGCUCAGAGCUAAAUUUUUGAAUGAUGUUUAGAUGCUACAUCUGUAAAUCACUGCUUGCUACAACAGUCAAAUUAAUUCGGCACCUUAAACUUGUACAUGGUUUGUACCCUGGGAAGAAAUUUGAGCUAGUUUGUGCUCAGGAUGGUUGUAACUUGCAAUUUAAAAGUUAUGCAGGGUUUAGAAAACAUUUAACUAGAUUUCAUUUUGGAGGUGUAGCAUCAAGCAGUGCAAAUAUAUCACUACAACAUCAACAAGCUCCAAAUCCUGAUGAAGCAGUGUCACUUGUUGUGUCUGACACAGAGCAAAGAUCAGAUAAUGAUGCAAGUUUGCAAGAUUGUUCUUCUGUUUCAAGCGAUAGUUCCAGGGAAAUGUGUGCAUCGAUAAUAGCCAAAUUGCAGGGUAACGGAGUUGCAAACAGUUUAAUUAUGUCAGUUGUUGAAAGCAUGGAGGAUUUUGUUAAUGAUUUUCAUACAAGUUUAAGAGAGAGAAUUUUAAAUGUCGUGCCAGUUGAUAGCACAAGUAGAAGUUCAGUUGACGAAGUUUUUAAUAGUUUUCAUAAUCCGUUCUCUGACUUUAAUACCAAUACAAAAUGGAGGAAAUUUUUCAGUGAGAAAUGGGGGGUUGUCGAGCCCACUGAAAUGCAUUUAGGUGUCAGAUAUGAUUCAAGAAGAAAUAAAAUCUCUGGAAUGUUUGAACAGAUUCCAGUUAAUGACAUGUUCAUAUAUAUCCCUCUUCUGAAGACUCUUGAGUUCAUUUUUAGGAAUGAUGAAGUGUGUAAUCUCAUUCAAGGGAAACAGCAAAGUGAUAUGUAUCGAGAUUUUUGUGAUGGACAGUAUUACAAAAACCAUCCAUUGUACUCCAUCCAUAGUAAUGCACUUCAGAUCCAAAUUUACUAUGAUGAUUUCGAAACAGCAAACCCAUUAGGAUCUAAACAUGGGAUUCAUAAACUUGGCUGUUUAUAUUUUGUGCUUCGAAACUUGCCACCACACAUAAAUUCUUCCUUAAUGAACAUACAUCUAAUUUCUUUGUUCCAUUCUGAAGAUGCAAAAAAAUAUGGCAUGGACAAAAUACUUGACCCAUUAGUUGAUGAUGUGAAAGAACUUGAGCAGAAGGGAAUGAAGGUGUCAUUUUCUGAGGAGCCCAUUUUUGGGACUAUUGCGCAAAUUACCGGCGAUAACCUAGGUCUAAAUGCUAUUCUUGGUUACGUCGAGUCUUUUUCUGCAAAACAUUAUUGCAGACUGUGCCUCACUGACAAGGUUUUAGCACAGGAAGUAUUUAGUGAGGAUGAUCCGCGAGUAAUGUUGCGUAACCGAAACCUAAAUGAGGAGCAUUAUAAGUAUCUUGCUGACAACCCCAACCAAAACUCUUGUUACGGUGUUAAAAGAAAUUCUAUACUCAAUACCUUGACUUACUUUAAUGUAUCUGAGAAUUUUGUGCUGGAUAUUAUGCAUGAUAUCUUGGAAGGAGUUGCACAGUAUGAAGUGAAACUGCUUUUUGAAUACAUGAGUUGCAAUCUUAUUUCUUUCAAUUCCAUUCUUCAGAGAUUGUAUGCCUUCAACUAUGGCUAUUUGGACAAAAAUAACCGUCCAACUAAGGUCAACCUUCAGCAAGCAGGAAAUGGCAUUGGACUCAAUGCAAGUCAGACAUUGUGUCUCAUUAGGAACAUCCCUCUCAUAUUUGGAGAUGUAGUCCCAGAGGGAGAUAAGCACUGGCAUUUGAUGUUGCUCCUCUUACAAAUUGUUAAUAUUGUAUUUUCUCCUUGCAUUUCUGAAGGAAUGACAAUAUUUUUGAAGCAUCUGAUAGUAGAGCAUCACAGAUUGUUCAGGGAGUUGUAUCCUUUUAGGAAUCUGAUUCCAAAACAUCACCUUAUGAUUCACUACCCUGAAUGCAUCAGGCAAAUUGGUCCAUUGGUUCAUGUAUGGACGAUGCGGUACGAAGCGAAACACAGGUUUUUUAAGAAAAAUCUAAAAAAUUUCAAAAACCUGACUAAAUCACUUGCAAAAAAACACCAACUAGCCAUUGCCUAUCACUGGGAGUCAUGUACUAUGAAAGGUAUUGAGUCUGGCCCAGUUUCAAAUGAUUUGUUGUCUGACCAUGAACACUGUGAUUUUAUUUCACAGCAGCUCCACCUUGAUCCAACAAAUAACAGUCACACCAUGGGUUAAAUGUCGUGGUACUGAGUAUCGCUGUGGUCUUGUUGUUUGUUUAGACUUGGUUGAAGAUGCACCUGCCUUUGGAAAAAUUGUUAAAAUUUUUAUCAAGGAUGGAAUUUAUUUGCUGACCUCAUGUAUGGAAACCGAGUUUGUUGAACAUCUUCAUGCUUUCAGUAUUGUUGCACAAGAGCAUGGUCUUGUACUCAGAAAGCCUGAAGAAUUGUUUUACUACAAGCCAUUUGAUUUACAAAUGUCCUAUGGCAAUGACAGUCUAUUUUACAUCAUUUUGGAUUGUUAUUUGUAAUAAAUGUGAUGGAUUGGUGUGCUGGAAUAAAUUUU